UACGUUUCAGUCGCAAAACACGUUGUUAGUGCGAAGUGCAAACGUUUUUGUGUUGUGUUCUUGUGCUUCAUAUUUAAUAAAUAUAAAUUAUAUUGGAAAUUAAUUGCUAAUUUUAAUAUUUGGAAAAAUGAAGUUGAUGAGUAAACCUCAUCAGUUGAGAAAAAUUAAUAAAAAAUCCAUCAAAACCACUAAGAAGAAAAUUGCGGUUAAUAAUGAUGUGAAAAUAAAAAAAGAACCUGAGCUGGACUCAUUUCAUGAAAAAAGUGAAUCUGAAGAGAAUUCAGAUAGUGAUAAUGAAUCAUUUUGUGAACAAUUUUCUGAUGAAGAACCAAAAGCAAAAAGGAGGUUAUCUCAUGCUCAUAAUAGUGACGAGGAAAUUUCAAAGAAAAAAUUCAAACGAGAAAAUGAUUUAUACAAACCACCGACGGUUGAAGAAUUAAAUCAAUUAAGAGAGACUGAAAAUUUAUUUCAUUCAAAUUUAUUUCGACUCCAAACUGAGGAAAUUUUGGCUGAAGUCAAACUAGCAGAUAAAUAUAAAAAACGAUUUGAUGUUUGGUAUGAAAAAUUCAAGCAAAAUAUAGAAUCAUUGAAAGAAACGAAGAAAAAAAAGGUAUGCGAUUUAACGAGUUUUAAAAAAUUUAAAACAAAAAUCCCAGUCUUAGAUGUGCCAGAAAAUGAAAAGGAAUUCUUUCAAUUUUUAAAACCAUCAAAAAUUAGUAUAAUUGGUUCUUAUGCUCUUGAUACAACAAUAGGUCCUAAUGUAAUCAUUGAUAUUAUGGUGGAAAUGCCUUCAAAGAUAUUCCGUGGAUAUGAUCAUCAAAACUACAGGUAUUUCAAAAAACGUGCAAUAUAUUUAACAUAUAUCGCUAUGCAUCUAACAGAUGAAAUAGCAGAAAAAAAAAUGUUUUUUGGUGAAAGCUGGAUGCCAAAACUUAAAUUAAUUCCAAGUGGACCACUUAGUAAAAAGGUAACAAUUCAUGUGCAUGUAGCUGCAAAUUCAUCGAGCUUCGAAUUAAAUCAAUUUUCACCGGAAAAAAAUAAUGUACAGCCAAACUGGUACUUCAAAACUGAUUCAUCUGAUUUAUCAGAGCUUAUUCCAACGCCUUUUUAUAAUUCUAAUAUUCUCCAUGAUCUCACAAUGGCUGAAGCUAACUCACAUUGUGCUAAAAUGUUAUCAGGAUAUCCUAAUAUAAGAGAUGGAAUAAUAUUAAUUAAAAUUUGGCUCCGACAACGACAAUCAGAGUCAGCUUAUGAUGCUUUUAAUGGCCAUAUUCUGACAAUGUAUGUGUUAUACUUGUUAAUGGAAAAAAAAUUAAAUACUUUCAUGAGCUGCUAUCAAAUAAUACGAAACGUAUGGAAUAAUUUAGCUCAAACUAAUUGGUGUGAACAGGGAAUUUCCAUGAAUAAACAAGCUGAAAAUAUAGCCAAACUGGAAGAAUAUAAAAAUUUUUAUGACUACGUCUUUCUCGACAUGACCGGAAAUCAUAAUUUAGUCGCCAAUAUCCCAGUCAGUAAUUAUUUAUGGCUUCGAAGCGAAGCCAAUCUUGCAGUUAAAUCUUUAGAUAAUCCCAGUGUGGACAGCUUUCAAGUAUUGUUCAUGAGAAGAUUACCGUUUUACUCACUUUUCGACCAUGUAAUCUGUCUCCACGACACACAAGAAUUAGAAAAACUCGCUAAUGAACAGAUUUCUCAUACAAGAAAAUUAGACAUGGGACUAAAUAAAAGGAUGCAUUUAAUAAAAAUGAUUUAUGACCUGCUUCGGGAAGGAUUGGGUCGAAGGAUUUCCCAAAUCUAUGUCCGUCCGGACACGUGCAAAGAAUGGGCCCUCAAUAAGAAAAGUCCGAACUCUUGGAGGCCAAUUUUUAUUGGGUUGCAACUAAAUCCCGAGAGAUGUUUCGAGAUCAUAGAUAAAGGACCUGUAGCGAAUCUACCUGAGGCCGACGCUUUCAGAAAAUUUUGGGGUCAAAAGUCGGAAUUACGCCGUUUUCAAGAUGGGUCUAUAUGUGAAGCCGUGGUAUGGUCCAAAGAAAAUACCCUUGCAGAAAAAAGAAUAAUAUGUAAAAAAAUAAUCAUGUAUCUUUUAAAAGGUAAAUUAGAUAUUUCAAAACAUCAAUAUCUAUAUGGAGCUGAUCAAGCUGAAGAAUUUUUGCGUUUUAAAAAAACAUCAAUUACUAAAUUUAAAUAUGGAACUGGAGAAGAAGCUACUUUUCAAGUAAUCAAAGUGUUUAAUGAAUUAGAAAAAGAAUUAUUAUCAUUGUCGGAUUUACCACUUGCAAUUACUGGUAUUCAAGCGAGUAGCGCAGUAUUUAGAUACACAGAUGUAUUCCCACCAUUAGCAACGGUGUAUAAACCUGAUGAUAAAAAUACCAUGAAAGGGGAAAAUUGUUUAUUACUCAAUGAUGAAUCUAUAGAAGAAGCUCCAAAAUAUGCACCGAUAUCUGAAGCAAUUAUUCAAUUAUCAGCAAGUGGAAAAUGGCCAGAUGAUCUUGAAGCUGUUCGUAAAACUAAAGCUGCUUUUCAUCUUCAAAUCGCAGAAAAUCUACGAAAAGUAUAUAAUUAUCAAAUAAGAGUUAAUAUGAAUUACUUAGAUAUUUUUAAAGAAGGUUUUAUUUUUCGAAUAAAAGUAGCUCAUCAGAAAGAAAUCGCAUUAAUGAAACAAAAAAUUGGAGCAAAUGGAAUUAUAUUAUACAGAGAUAAUGACGAAUCGAUAGAACUUGAGAAACAACUGUUUCAUUUGCCAAAAUUAAAUGGUGCAUUAUAUGGUUUACAUUCGCAACAACCUUCAUUUGGUCCUACUUGCUGUCUCGCUAAACGCUGGCUUUCCGCACAUCUCAUUGACAGCUCACACAUUCCAGAUAUUGUUAUAGAACUUAUUGUUGCUUCUAUUUAUUUAACUCCAGAACCGUAUAAGUCAGCGCAAAUGCCACAGGUUGCAUUCUUCCGAUUCUUAGAAUUUUUUGCAAGUGAUGUAUGGAGGACUGAACCGAUUAUUGUCAAUUUUAAUGAUGAAAUGUCAAGAGAACAAAUAAUAACUGCUGAAAAUUUAUAUAGAUCAAAUAAGGAAACUUUACCCUUAUUAUUCAUAAUUACGCCUUAUGAUCAAUCAAAAUCUAUUUGGACUAAAAAAACUCCUUCAAUGUUGAUACUCAAUCGUAUAAAUUCUCUAGCAAGAGAAUCACUAAAAUUGAUUGAAAAAGAAUUAUUUGAUAAUUUUACUUUAAUUUUAAAGCCAAUAUUUAAAUCACCGUUAUCGGAAUACGAUAUUUUAAUUCAUUUAAAAACAGAGUUUAAUCCAAAAAUAUAUCAAUAUUACGACUUGGAUGAAACUUUCCCUAAAAAUUCUUGGCAUCCAUAUAAAUUUCAUACAGAACAAAAGUUACCUGUCAUUGACUUUGACCCUAUUCAAAUGUACUUAAACGAACUAAGAUGCGGGUACAGUGAGUUUGCACUUUUUUUUCAUGACACGUACGGCGGUUCUGUCGUUGGAGUACUUUUCAAUCCUAAGGCGGUUGAACCAAAAGAUUUCAAGGUUGCUAAUAUGAAUUGUAGAAAGAUAAAUGCGAAGGGAAAACUUGUCAUAAAUAUUGAAGCAUUAGUUGAAGAUUUUAAUGUUAUUGGCCGUAAUCUUAUUGACCAUAUUCAUGUAAAUCCUCGGAUUACCUUGUAAAUACGACGAAAAUUUCUAUGUUCUUAAAUAUUUCUUUAACUUUUGUAAUAUUUCAUUCUGAAUUUUAUUUAAUAAUUAAUG